AGGUGCGCAUGCGCGCUGGUCCUCACGGUUCUGUUUGGCGUUUCUGCAGAGACGCGGGAGGCGCCAACCAUCUGUGCGAAGUCAACAACUUGCGGCCGAAGAACCGCCAACUGUUGAGCGAAGACGAUGUGGGCUGGGAGAGGCCCGUCAUCCGCUGGCAGCACUUGUGGGGCGACGGCUUCUCGUGUUGCGAAUACGAAAUCAAAUCAUCUCAUCUUCGAAAGAUCCACAGAGCUGUCGUCCAUUGUAAGCUAGAGAAACUGAAAACCAUUCUGAUCAGGGAAAAUUGCAUCAAUGACAAAGACAAGAAGAACAGGACUGCUCUACAUUUGGCCUGUGCCACUGGCCAAUCUCAAAUGGUAAAACUCCUGGUAGAGAACAAUUGCCAGCUUAAUCUCCUCGACAGUGAAUGCAGGACACCUCUGAUCAAGGCUAUACAACUUAAGCAGGUGUCUUGUGCAACUAUUCUGCUGGAAAAUAAUGCGGAUCCAAAUAUUAUGGAUUACUAUGGCAGGACUGCUCUACACUAUGCUGUGUAUAAUGAAGAUACAGCCAUGAUAGAAAGUCUACUUUCACAUGGUACAGAUAUUGAAAGAAGCAGCAAGGAAGAACCUCCACCACUUUUACUUGCUGCGAGUCAAGGAAAACUGAAGAUGGUGGAAUUUUUAUUAAAGAAAAACGCAAAUAUAAAUGCACUUGAUUCACUUAACAGAUCAGCCCUCACACUUGCUGUUCGUCGUGAACACAGAGAUACAGUCAUUCUUCUUCUGCAGCACAAUAUUGAUGUGUUUUCUCAAGAUGUCUAUGGGAAGACUGCAGAAAAUUAUGCUGCUGAUUCUAAAAAUAAAAUCAUUCUCAAGCUAAUUUCUGAAUACAAAGAAGAAAAGAAAUCUAAAGCGCUUUCUAUAAAUAGCAAUCCAGUGUCCUCUCUGAGACAACUGGCCUUGAAGGCCACAAGUGACAAGAAAGAUUCUGUUUCGAAUACAGCCACAGAAAUAAAGGAUGGAGACAAAUCUGGGACAGAGUCUUCUCAGAAACAACUGUCCUUGAAGGCUACAAGUGAUGAGAAAGAUUCUGUUUCGAAUAUAGCCCCAGAAAUAAAGGAUGGAUCAACAUCUGAGACAGUGUCCUCUCUGAGACAACUGUCCUUGAAGGCCACAAGUGACAAGAAAGAUUCUGUUUCGAAUACAGCCACAGAAAUAAAGGAUGGAGACAAAUCUGGGACAGUGUCUUCUCAGAAACAACUGACCUUGGAGGCUAUAAGUGAAGAGAAAGAUUCCGUUUCCAAUAUAGCCCCAGAAAUAAAGGAUGGAUCAACAUCUGAGACAGUGCAUCCUGCCGUUGACAAGCAUUUAAACAGGCAUUUCUGGGCACAGCGUGUUUUUCCCAAGUCUGGGCUAAAGGACGAUUCUGAUUCUGAUUCUGAUUCUGUGAUUGUUUCAAGACCACAUGAAAUAAAGAGGAUUCCUCAUGAAGAUUCUUUAAAAAAUUUGUCUUCUCAGAAACAACUGACCUUGGAGGCUAUAAGUGAUGAGAAAGAUUUCGUUUCCAAUAUAGCCCCAGAAAUAAAGGAUGGAUCAACAUCUGAGACAGUGCAUCCUGCCGUUGACAAGCAUUUAAACAGGCAUUUCUGGGCACAGCGUGUUUUUCCCAAGUCUGGGCUAAAGGACGAUUCUGAUUCUGAUUCUGAUUCUGUGAUUGUUUCAAGACCACAUGAAAUAAAGAGGAUUCCUCAUGAAGAUUCUUUAAAAAAUUUGUCUUCUCAGAAACAACUGACCUUGGAGGCUAUAAGUGAUGAGAAAGAUUUCGUUUCCAAUAUAGCCCCAGAAAUAAAGGAUGGAUCAACAUCUGAGACAGUGCAUCCUGCCGUUGACAAGCAUUUAAACAGGCAUUUCUGGGCACAGCGUGUUUUUCCCAAGUCUGGGCUAAAGGACGAUUCUGAUUCUGAUUCUGAUUCUGUGAUUGUUUCAAGACCACAUGAAAUAAAGAGGAUUCCUCAUGAAGAUUCUUUAAAAAAUUUGUCUUCUCAGAAACAACUGACCUUGGAGGCUAUAAGUGAUGAGAAAGAUUCCGUUUCCAAUAUAGCCCCAGAAAUAAAGGAUGGAUCAACAUCUGAGACAGUGUCUUCUCAGAAACAACCAGCCUUGAAGGCUACAAGUGACAAGAAAGAUUCUGUUUUGAAUAUAGCCCCAGAAAUAAAGGAUGGAUCAAAAUCUGGGACAGGUAAUUUUACCAUACACAUUUAAUAUCAGGUUAAUGCAAGAUAGAAGGGAACUUCUCUUCCCAAAUAAAUCAGUAGGGGGCUCGAUGAAACUGCAUAUUCUGAUUCAGGAAGCCUGAGAUUCUGCAUUUAUAAUAAGUUAUUUGGUGCCACUGAUGCUGCGGGUCCUUGUCGGUGAUCUGAGUAGUACGAUUGUAAACUUCUUUAUGUCAAAAUUAAAUAGAAGGACCUCUGAAGAGCAAUUCAAGACAUAGGCAGCUCAGGGGACAGCAUGAUUUUACUUUAAUUCUACAGCAUGUUUUCUUCUGGAAGGAAGGGAAAAAGAGAUGUAGUAAUAGAAAUGAUAGACAUCAGGUUGUAUUGCUGAAACCAGAGGGAUGAAGUGAUUGCAAUAACCCAUAAACACUGUAGAAUGAGAGAACUAAUGAGACCACUGAUGUAAUAAUUAUUUUCUCCAAGGAAGAGGGAUUGUGAGGCAGCAAAGAGGGAAAAGGAAAGGUUAUGUAUGUAAUUUAGGGGUUUCUGCUGAGGAAACGUGAAUGAACUCACUUUGGAUUUAUGUAGAAUAUCUGCGUAAAAGAAGAUUUUAUUUUGCCUGCUCCAGAAACUACUGGAAACAGGAAAGAGUGCUAGAAUUGGGAUAAAUUGCAGUGACUCAUUACCCUUCUUUGUUGCUAUUAGGCAUCAGAGAUAGAUGUUUUGUUCAUUUCAAUUAUUGAAAUAAGAUAAACUUGAAUAUGAAUAGAUUGGCUCCAUUGGUCAAGGAGCUAACUCUUGAAUAAAAUAGCUAUUUAAUUAAAUUUCUUUAGAGAAAUUGACAUUUCAAAGAAGACUAUUUUAGAAACAAAAAUUAUGUUGAAUUAAUUAACUGACUCCAAAAAUGGUUAAUUUCAAUGAAUAUUGGAGUGAUAUCUGAAUGUAAAUGCUGAUUCAUAUCUAAUGCUUGUAGCAGUUUUAUUUAGUAGAAGUAUGUCAAAACUGAUAAAGGAUGAUACUGUUUAUUGAGGCCUAUGUGUCUUACCGUGUUGCAUGAGUGUGUGAAGAAACUUUCAGCAAGCUCAAGUAGAGGAUUCCCUCAAUGUAGGAAAGUCAUUUCACCACAAGGGUUUGAGAAAUAAUGGAUAUUAUCUACAAGUAUUCACCCAACUUAUAUCCAAGCUGAUCUAUUUAGGACCCUUCCCUGUAGACAUGAAGUAUACAUUCAACUGAAGUGUCAUUGUAAUUGUGUACCUUCUCAGUUAUUGGGCAAGUUAAAGAGCAUGAGGAAUAUUUGUAGUCUCGUGGUAUAAAUUCUUUUGAUAUGUUGCAUGAAAGAUAUGUGGGAGUAGUGCCACCUGCUUUGACAUUGAUUCCCAGGUGUCUGAGUUGCUUCUCUGGUUUUAGAUCACAUUGGUCCUCAUUCCUCAGCAUAUUGACAUUGUUACUGAUACUCUCUUAUUUUUGAAAUAUUUAUAUGAAAAAUUACAUCGCAUUUGAAAUUGUCAGAGUAUAUAUUGUGAAGCCUGUAUUGUUGUUUUCUUCAGUGUGUUUCUGUCAUGUUCCUGUUUCAAGACACAAAGUAUAAAACCUCAAAGCCUACGCGAAUACA